AUCCGAUUGGUCUGAUUCAAAAUAAGACCGCGGCUGUGCUGUAUUUGACAUACACAAAGGAGUUCCCUUCUGGCUCAGCCUAAUGUCACUUACGUACCUCUCAUGAUGAUGGAAUCGUGCUUCAACAGCAGGCUUGAACGACCGGAACCUGUAGAUGUAGAUGAUGUGAAGAGAAACCUCUCCUCAGAGUUCAGCGCCUUACCAGACUCACAGAGUUCCACCUUUGAGGAGACAGAGCACCUUCAGGUUUACCUCCGUAUCCGACCCUUCACCUCAGCAGAGAGUGAUAAUGGUGAAUCACAGGACUGUGUCACCAUUGAGCACCCUGAUAUGGUUCUUCUCAAGCCCCCCAGUUCAUCACUGUCAGUGAGGCUUAGUGACAAAUCACUUCCUCAGCCUGUUCAGCGUUUCCAGUUCUCUCAGGUCUAUGGUCCAGACACAACACAGAGAGAGCUGUUUGAAGGGACAGUGAAGGGCCUUGUCAGAGAUGUUCUUGAAGGAGGAAACUCCCUGGUCUUCACUUAUGGAGUCACCAACGCUGGGAAAACCUUCACAUUCUUAGGUCCAGAUGGUGAUGCAGGGAUUCUACCCAGGUCUCUGAAUGUGAUCUUCAGCAGCAUAGAGGAGCGGGUUUACACCCAGAUGAGUAUCAAACCCCAUCGUUGCCGAGAGUUUGUGAGGCUCACAAAGGAGCAACAAGCUGAGGAGGCAGUUUGUAAAAGAAGCCUUCUCAGACAGCUGAAAGAGAGUGAGAAGAGCAGUGCCAUCCAGAUGAGCUCCACCAGUAAGACUAUCUUGGAAGGUUCUACCAUGCUGGGGACCACUGUAGUAGCAGAAGACAAUGUCAGCCUCGAGGUGGAAUCGCACACUAAGUUCUCAGUUUGGGUUUCUUUCUGUGAGAUCUACAAUGAGAACAUCCAUGACCUCCUGGAGUUGGUGCCCAGUGGGGCACUGAAGAGGACUGCUCUACGCCUGUCACAGGAUGUCAGAGGCAAUGCCUUCGUCAAAGACCUCCGCUGGGUGCAGGUGAAUAGCGCAGAGGAGGCUUACAGGGUGAUGAUGCUGGGAAAGAGAAAUCAGAGCUUCUCCUCCACUAAACUCAACCAGCUCUCCAGCAGGAGUCACAGUAUCUUUUCUAUUCGUAUCCUGAGGAUUGAGGAUGUUGGGAUUCCAAGGGUCCAUACCAUCAGCGAGUUGUCUCUGUGUGACCUGGCUGGCUCAGAACGAUGUGCCAAGACACAAAACAAAGGGAAGCGUCUGAAAGAAGCUGGCAACAUCAAUACCUCCCUGCUUAUCCUGGGGAAAUGUAUCAACGCACUGCGGCAUAACCAACAAGCCAAGCUGCUUCAACAUGUUCCCUUCAGGGAAAGCAAGUUGACCCACUACCUCCAGGGCUUUUUUUGUGGUCGAGGUAAAGCCUGUAUGAUUGUCAACAUCAACCAGUGUGCAUCCAUGUAUGAUGAGACUUUGAACGUCCUCAAGUUCUCCGCUUUGGCACAGAAGGUUGUGGUGUUGACAACCAGGAACAUUCCCAUCAUGCCACAGAGGUCUGCUCGUGAGGUCUCCUUGAUCAUCAAUAAUGCUGACAGGAAGGCCCUGCGGGGCAGCAGGAGGACCUCCCUGAUUGGCUGGGAGAGUAGCCUGGAGGAUGUACAGGAGGACGAGGAUGAUGAGGAAGAUGAAGAGGCAAGUCUGAUGGAAGACACGGUUCAAGAGAGUGAUGAAGAUGACAGCGAUGAUGAUAAAGUUGCUAUUGAUAAAGGAACUUACCAGAGGCAGAUGGCGUUGUUGAAGAAUUUGCAGGUACAGCUGAAGAAGGAGCGAGCAGAAACCAUGCUGUUGGAGGCACGGGUCAGAGAGGAGGUCAGCAGGGAGUUCUCUGAGCUCUUCUCUGAGAUGCAGAAUGAUUACAAUGACCGCCUGGCAAGGGAGAGGGAGAUCCUUGAAGAGCGAGCAGAAAGGAGGCUGGAGAUCUUCAAGAACCUGGUUGGCAAAAUUGCCAACACUGGACCUAGCCAAGAUACAGAGGCCACGGAAAAAACGCUGGAUCUGGAUGGCAUGAUCGACUCCAUGUCCAGUGACCUGGAAGGCAUAAAGAAGGCAGCUGAGGCUGCACACACCUGCCUGGGGUCAGACCGGCUAAGAGACCAGGCAGGUGAAAGUGAGGCUGUAGAGGACCUGGGAAACAAAGUGUUAGAGCUGAACGAGCAGCUGAGGAAAGUCCAAGAGCAGCUUGUUCACAAAACCUCUGAGCUGGAAAAACUUACUGGCUGUGCACAUCAAUCCAACAAUGACCUUGCAGAGACCAAAAAGAGUCUGAAGUCUCAGGAACUGAAGUUAUCUGAGCUGAUGGAGAUCUGUAAUGAGAAAGAUGAGAUGAUCUCGAAGCUCCAGACCACUAUGGACCAGCAGGUUGAAGAUGCCACCAAGGAUAAGGACACUCUCAAUUCCAUCCGGGAGGAGAUUCUUCAUCUGAAGGCCAAUUGUACCUGCUUCUGGAGCGGAGAAAAAGAAAAGCCCAGCAACUCCCGCAAACGGCAGAUUGACACCCAGCCUGACCUGGAGGGUCAGCCCCCACUAAAGAAAGGUACAGCAAUGCCUGUCAACGUGGGAAAGAGAGCAGUCAGAGAGAAGAAGCAGCCUGCUCGACAUCGAAUUUAUCUGCAGUCCAGAAGGAGGCUGUCAGCUGUCAGGAAGAACACUUUUUACUUCCUUGGUGAAGCUGGAGGAGAAGAUGAGAAAGUGAAAAGGAAGCUUUGCAUUCAGCUCCAGGAGAAGUCUUCUGAGGUGGCCCUGCUUGAGAGGAGGGAGGCUGACCUGCAGAAGGCAGUAGAGUUGGCCUCCCAGCAAGAGAAGAGCAAUCCACACAAAGACCGGCUCCAGGAACUGACCGUGGCCCUGGGGGAUGCGGCACACACCCGGGAACAGGCGCUGAAUGACCUGAGGGAGGAGCAGCGAGGUCACCAGGAGGCACUGGCUGCCCUUGAGAAAGAGAAGAAAGCCAAGGAAGAUGCCUUUGCAGCUUUGGAAUACCAGACCAUGCAAAAAGAGGAGGUGCUGGCCUCCUUGGAAGAGGAGAUGAAAGCCAGGGAGGCAGCCAUGGCAGCUCUUGAAGAAGAGAGAAGAGCCAAGGAGGAGGGAAUGGCAGCUCUUGAGGAAGAGAAGAGAGCCAGGGAGGAGACAAUGGCAGCUCUUGAAGAAGAGAAAAGAGCCAAGGAGGAGGCAGUUGCUACCCUUGCGGAGGAGAAGAAAUACCUAGAAAAGUUUGCUUCCACAAUGGAGUUUAGGAGAUUAAAGGAUGAGGCACAAUCUGCUCUGCAUACAGAGAGUAAAGAGUUAAGACAACUAAGUGAGGAGCAAGCAAGACUGCAGGAAGAUGGCACACUCCAACAGGAGGCCCAGGAGAUGACUGGCAAACUGGAGGACAUGGAGAAUGAGGUGACCAGCCAGAAAGUGAGAGCCCAGCAAGCCUCAGUCAGCCUUCACGUUUCCCCGACCCAAAUGGAAAUACACAAUAAGGAGAUCCAGCAGAAAUCUCCCCAGAUCCACACACUGACAUGGGAUGUUAAAGGCCUCAAACAGGACCUGGAAAACUUGUCAGCCUCAGCUACAAUUGAGAGGGAGCGUGAUCAUCUGAAAGAGGAAGUCUGUGAGCUUAGUUACCAUCUGGCCAACGAAAAGAAAGAGAAUGAGAGGAAGCUUAGGCGGAUAGUGGAGCUGGAGCACGAAUUGACACAGGCAAAAGAACAAACAGACAAACAGUUGACGUCAGACCAUCAGCUAGAGGAGCUCACUGAAAAGUUGAAUCACCAAGAGCUGGUCUCAAAACAGCAACGGCAGGAGCUGGAAGCGAAGCUGAAGGAGCAGGAAGUAAUGUCGCAGAAAUCAUUGGAUGAGCUCAGAGGAAAGCUUAAACAACAGGAACAGGUUUCCAAACAAGAAUUACAACAGCUGAGAACAAAACUCGAGGAACAAACACAGACCUCAGAAAAGCAGGUAGAGGAGCUCAGACAGAGGCUGAAAGAACAGGAAGCUACAUGUCAGCAGCAGGCAGAAGAGUUCAAACACAAGCUAAGUGAACAACAAGCUAUCUUACACCAAGAGCAAGAUCAUUUUAAACAGAAGCUCAGCCAACAAGAGCAAACAUCAGACCUGCUUACGGCUGAACUAAAGGAGGCUAGAUGCAAAGUUGAGGGUUUAAGGAAUGAUGCGUCAAAAUCUGGUGUUGUUGAGUUGAAUUCUGACCUCCAGGCUGACAUUGCAUUGCUGAUGGCAAAGGUCACCAAAAUGGAAGAAGAUAUGGACAGUCCUUGUGAAAUUGAUGUAGAAUCUGAGGUGGUGGUUGCCUCAGAGUUGUUUCAGGCCAGUAGCAACAAACUAGCAUCUUCACUGCGUGAUACAGCAGCAGCCAUAGACAGACUGCUGCAAAAAAAGGAUGGACUGAUGGAGAGGAAGCUAGCAGAGAAAGAGAGAAUGUGUAUAGACAAAGAAGCAGAACUGCAGAAAAAGCUAGCUGACAAGGAGGCACAAGUGGUGUCCCUACAAAAGAAGCUACAGGUAGCACAGGAGCAACGAGAGGAAGAGGACAGCCAGGCAGUUAAGGAGGCCCGGCAGAGGGAGGUGGAGAGGCGCAGGGAGCUGCUGGCUGUAGCAGAGGAAGCCAUCGCACAGAAGGACGCUGAACUGGAAAAGAGAGGCCAAGAGAUUGCCAGGCUAAAGGAAAGUGCUAAGCAGGAAUCAGAGAAAAUCAAGAACAUUAGCCUUGACCUUCAGAGAAAAGAAGAUGACACUUCCGACCUCAGAGAGAAACUGGCCGACUCCAAAAAGCAGAUAAAUCAGGUCCAGAAAGAGAUCUCUGCCAUGAGAAAUGAAGAAAAAGGUCUGAAGCAGAAGCUGGCUGAUAUGGAGAAAGCCAAGAAGCAGCUUCAGUCUGACCUGGCUAGCAGAGACAGGACUGUCCACCAACUCAAAACUCAAGAAAAGACCUUUGACUCCAAAUCUGAUCAGACAUUACAGCUCUAUCAGAAGGCCUGCAAAGACCUGGAAGCCAAGGAACGUGUGAUGGAGGACAUGCGUUUGGCUCUAACAGAGCAGGAGGAGACACAGGAACAGAUGGAGCGGGUCCUGGAGGAAAAACUAGACCUCAUCCAGGAGCUAACUGACGAGGUGGAGAAAUUAAAAACAAUGUUACAGAAACAAGAUAGUGGGGAAAACAUAGCCCAUGAGAGGGAGAGCCAGUCAGAUGACCUCAGAUUGGCCAAACUGGAAGCAGCCCAGGCACAGGAGAGCUUGAAGCUGUCUACAGAGAAGUACCAAGCGGACCGCCGAAAGUGGCUCGAUGAGAAAAUGGCUCUGAUUGGCCAAGCUAAAGAGGCGGAGGAUAAGAGGAACCAGGAAAUGAGGAAAUUUGCUGAUGACAGGGAGCGUCAUACUCGGCAGCAGAGUCAGUUGGAGUCUUUGUUGUCCCAGCUGGCUGAGAAAGAACAGACCAUGGAGAGAUGGAGACAGGAGAGAGACACUCUGGUUGCAGCCCUUGAGGUCCAGCUCCAGAAACUUCUCUCCAGCAAUGCAGACAAAGACAAACUCAUCCAACAGCUACACCACACUAACAAUCAGCUGCCACAAGAGAGCUGUGGCAUUGAUGGUGUUAGUGUGGCAGAGAUGCAGGCAGCUCUGUCUGAAAGGGACACGGAGAUCCUGCAACUGAAGGAAAGGCUGAAGGCCUUGACAACCAAAGGCAAGGAGACGUCCACACAGACUGAAAGUGAAGAGAACCCUGCAGAGAAACCCCACAGUGAGACUAUUAUCAGGAAUUCAGCAAGGAGGGGGGAUGCCAGAGCGUCUGUCAGCAGUCAGUGCUCAGUUGGCUGUCCAUCAGUGCUGGACUCCUCAGAGAUUUCCACAGAGAAUGGCAGGACCAGCCGUUUCCCCAAGCCAGAGCUGGAGAUCUCCUUCAGCCCACUACAGCCCAACCGCAUGGCACUGCGUCGCCAGGGUCAAGACAACCCAGUCACUGUCAAAAUCACCCGCUCGGCACGCAAGAGGAAGAGUACAGAGAUGGAGAAGGAUGAGAUGGAGGCAGAGAACAGAAGGAACACCAAGAGCAGGCUGACACCAAAGAUGACCCCACACCAGGAGGAGGGCUCCUCACCUGCAGGUGGCCAUGACUCCCAUGGCAGCACUCGCAGCAAGAAGGAAGGAACGCUGCAGAAGAUAGGAGACUUCCUGCAGAGCUCCCCUACACUCCUUGGCACCAAGGCCAAGAAGAUGAUGAGUUUGGUGAGUGGUCGAUGCGAUGGACACGCAGAAGCCUCCUCCUCUUCAUCCUCAUCCCUCAGCCUGACAGCUAAGAAAAGCAAGAGGAAACUCUACAGGCCGCAGAUCUCCUCCCCCAUGGACAUACCAUCACACCCGAUCAUCAGCAGAGAGCCAGAGGAGAAAGAGAGUGAUCAUCUGAUCAUCAAGAGGCGCCUUCGCACCAGGAACGCUAAAUGAAACUCUUAUCAGAACUAAUUUCUAAUGUUCUUCUGAACAAACAGCCUUAUUUAGCAUAAUACAAAAUCUCUCCACUGUAACCCUGAACUGUGAAAGGAAACAGUACAGCCACUUAGAAGCAGAGCAGAAGGUGAACAUUUUUGUUCACAGGCUUCAGUGGCUCACAACUCCUGAAAUAUAUAUGUUUCUUCAAUACUCUAAAAUUCUUAAUAUAUCACCAAUCAGCUAGGUUUAGACUAGAUAAAGAGUCUAAUAUAUAGCUUGUUUUUUUUUUUUUUUUGAUGCAAUUAGUUGCAGGUUUUUUUUUUUAUACUUUCAUGUGCAUUAUUUUAACCACAUUUUUUUUUUUUCACAAUUUAGGGACUCUACUGGAUUUUGCCUUGCACUGUUUCUAUUUAUGUGAAUAAGCAACAACAGUCAGAAUGUCACAUCAAAUCUCAAUCCCUACAUUUGUUUUCUUUUUGCAAAAGGCUGAGGCAACAAAGAAAUCUGUUUGUAAUCACAUAUCCAAUCAGAUGAUUUUGUGAAAGUGAUGGCUACAAAGCUUCAAGUCAAACAUUUUGGAAGUCUGCAGUUAUGGCAAGAAUUCCCAAGUGUGUAUAUACUGUAUAUCACCUCUUCCUAUAUACAACAUCCAUAUGACACUACAGAUGAAGCCAUAGAAAUUGCACUACACACUUGCUGAUCUCUAUCCCUGAUAAAAGUAUUUAACAUUAACUGUAACAAUAAUUAACAUUUCUCAGUAACAUUUCUCAGCCAUCAGAAGUCACAAGGAAUGAGUUUUCUAUACAAACUUGGUUCUGUUUUAUACAUAAAGAAUUGUCAGCAGUACUAACAGGUCAAUGAAGGGUAAAAGCAUCAAGUGGGACUUCUACAAAGGUUACCACUGAAUACUUAGAGAAGUUAUUGAAGUCCCCAACUUGCAUCUAUUCUGCAGUAGGGUUUUAGGAUGAAGGAAUUCCUCUUUAUCUCUGUUUUCUAUGUAAGGUUUGUUGCAACAUUGCCAGGGUUUAGAAAACUAAAGCCUUUUUCUUUCCUUUAGCUCAACUGAAAAGUUUAAUAUCUAAAAUAACAUGCACUUUCCUUAAAACACUAAUUCUUUGCUAGAAUUUAUAUAUUGUUAUCUUACUUAAUGGUGCACAUAGGACCAAGGCCUCUAGAACAAAUGUGUAAUGUACAAAUAGUUUGAUUUACUGGCACAUAGCAUAGCUUAAAGGACUCAUUAUAUGUUUAAUUCACUUUCAUUUCAUGCUGUUUGUUCUGUCAUGUUUACUGUUGAUAUGCUGGGUUAAGACUGCAGUAUGAUUAAAUUUUUGUUUAUGCUAUUUUGCUAUAGUAUAGCAUUUCUACUCUUAAAUUGACCGUCCUCUGUUGGACUCCAUGAGCGUUUUCCUCACAAUGUCUGCCUCUCUGGAGGCCCUUGUCAAUACACAAAAAACAACAAAAAAAACCCUCAAGCAACAUUACGUAACGUGCCAUCCAGGGUCUUAUUCUUGAAUUAAUUUUGCCAUUUGCAAUUAUUGGCAUUCAGCUGGGAAAAACGAGCCUGAACACUGGUGAUGACAGCGGCUCCCCUGGGCUGCUGUUGGAGGUGGACUGUUGGAGAGUUCUCAUGGUGUGUGGGCUAAAAGAAUGAAAAUGGUUUGCUAAUGUGUUUAACUCAGAGUAAAGUUUCUUCUAGGGAAACCACUACAAGUCAAGGCUAAGAGUUGGUAUUAUUGAUAAAUUACCAGAGUGAAUGUUGAACAAACUUUGUCAUCCAGUUAUAUAUUGUACCUCAAGAGUGGGGGAAAAAAACAACCACUUUUGGUGUUGGGGGCCCCUGAAAUGCAUUACACAAAGAUUAGAAAACAUUUUAAAAACUAAAAAAUACAUGGACGUCAAUGAGCUUUUUUUUUUUUUCUUUUUUUUUCUUUUUUGUGUUUUUGCAUAUAACCC